CACGUGGUUGGUCAGCGGGUGCUGUCCGUUAAACCUGUACGGAACAGCUUCCACACGCCCGAUCGUUGUGUAAGCGUCUCUCCCACCAUUGAACCUGCGUCAUGCCGACGUCACCUGUUAAAACGAGGAUCCCCCUCACCAGCUUUGGACACUUGGUAACAGAGGUGAAGAGACAGCUGUUUGGCAUUGAGGCCCCUUCUUCUGUGGAACUGACGGGUUGGAGGAAAUACUUUAAUAGCUACACUCUGCAGGGUCGCAGAAAUUGUGUAUUGGCUACUUAUGGGAUCUUUGCAGUAACGGCAGCUGCCUACUUGAUGCUUAGACAGAAGAAAGAAGAAAACCAGACAUCCACCUCCACGGCCUGAGAGGCUAACGUCUUGCAGUCAUGCGUUUUCUCUGUGAUGUGAGGGGUACUGCACCUUCAAAUGUGUCAGCUGCAAGUUACAGAGUGUUAAUAAAUGCUUUGUCCGUG